AUGGAAGUAAAAUCAGUAUUAUCAGUUAUCGCGAUUUUUUUAUUUUUAAUUAUUGGAUUUGGUAAUGCAGAAGAAUGUCUUCGUGGUCCGGCAUUAAAACAAAAUAAUAGAGUUACACUUUCGAAUUGUGAAAAACCACCGUGCAUAUUAAAAAAGAAGACAACAACAACGGUCGAUCUUAAAUUUACACCAAAACAAGAUGUUAAUAAGAUGACAAAUUCCGUACACGCUCUCAUACUUGGUGUUCCAUUUCCGUUUAUCGGAGUCGAUGGUGAAAAUGUUUGUGACAAAAUUUACGAUGCUAAAUCAGGUGAUAAGACGUCAUGUCCGUUAAAAGCCGGAAAUGAAUAUCUUUAUAAGGAUCAAUUUAAAAUAUUGGAUGUUUAUCCCAAGAUAAAUGUUAACGUUCAUUGGGCAUUGAAAAAUGAAAAAGAUCAAGAUGUUCUCUGUUUCGAAGUUCCAGCUAAAAUUGUACGAUAA